AUGCGUCCCCUGGAGGAGCUGGACUACCUGCUCCCGGACUGGUGGAAACAGAUCGACAGAAAUGAGUCCUGGCAGACGGGGGCCUACGACACCCUGGCCGUCUCCUACCUCGUCAUAGCCCUGGUGGCGCUGGUCCAAAUCGUGCGCAUUCAGCUGCGGGUGCCCGAGUAUGGCUGGACCACGCAGAAGGUGUUCCACCUCCUCAACUUCCUGGUCUGCGGCCUGCGCUCGGCGGUGUUCUUCUUCCGGGGCCAGGUCCAGCGCCUGCCCCUGGUGGUGGUGCAGGCGGGCCUGCUGGACCUCCCUGGCCUGCUCUUCUUCUCCACCUACACCCUGCUGGUCCUCUUCUGGGCCGAGAUUUAUUACCAGGCGCGGUCCCUGCCCACCACCGCCCUGCGGCCCACCUUUGUCAUCAUCAACCUCAUCGUCUAUGGCAUCCAGUCUGGCAUCUGGGUGUUCAUCUCCCUGGCCAGGGACUCCCAGGCGCAGCUGGGCAAGGAGCUGUCUGGCUGCUUCCUGGCCUGCGUCUCCGCUGCCGCGGCCUUCGCCUUCCUCCUCUUCGGCGGCCGGCUCUUCUUCAUGCUGCGCCACUUCCCCAUCGAGUCGCGGGGCCGGAACAAGAAGCUGCGCGAGGUGGGGGCCGUGACCAGCAUCUGCGCCACCUGCUUCCUCUUCCGCUCCGCCAUCACGGCCUGGUCGGCCUUCGACCAGGAGGACGCCGACCUGGAUGUGCUCAAGCACCCCCUGCUCAACCUCAUCUACUACGGCGGCGCCGAGGUCAUCCCCUCUGCCCUCGUCCUGUUCAUCCUCCGCAAACUCCCGCCCAAGAAGGCGCCCGCGGGCUACGCGCCCAUCCCCACGCAGUAG